CACAAGUAUUGCUACAAAUAAUUGUUGUUUUUUUUAAACAUUAAACUGAAUGACAAAACAUGUGUUUGUUUUGAGUUUUGCGGUAAAAGUUUUGUCGUUUUUUUUGACAACAAAUACCAAAUCAAUAGCUGAAGACUGAAGAGAGAGAGAGAGAGAGAGAGAGACGACAAACAACAGACAGACAAAUAUGUCUUCACUUCGUAGUCUGGCCGGCAUUUGCCGACAGGCGGUCAUCGGUAGACGUAUGAGACAACCGGCGAUGAAGUGUAUGUACCGAAUGGCUUCGGGUGGCGAACCGCCGCCGGCUCCGGGAUCGAUGCCACCGAUGGGCGGCGGCAGCUAUGAAGGCGACGGCAAGACAACGGUCACGAUUAUCAAUAAAGAUCACUUGGGUUUCCUAUUAGUCGACUCGUACUCCGAGCGUGGCUUUCGGCUGUCCAAUAGUCUGUUCGCUUACGGACCCAUUGCUUUGUUUCCGUCGACUGUCCUCCAGUGGGACAUUGAGUCCGUCGAUGACAUUCACGAACAGUCUCUAUCAUUGUUUAUGUUGAUUGAGCCGCGACUCGAAGCGCUCAUCAUUGGCGUCGGCGACGACGUACCCGAAAAUCAGACUAACGUUGAUCUUCAGCGACGGUUGCGAAGUAUUUUGUUGAAAAUGAAGAUCAACUGCGAGAUAAUGCCGACCAAACACGCCAUCCCUACCUAUAACUUCAUGUGCGCCGAUCAUCGGGUCUGUGCCGGCGCUUUCAUACCGCCGCUGAAUCCCGAAAUCGAUAACCAAGAAGACACCUUUCUGUCCAUACAAAAGGCUCCACCAAUUAAUCGGUCAUAAUAUCC